AUGGCAGGGGCCAGCGGGAAAACGGGCUUCCGGGUAGUCCUGGAGGUGUUGGCCAUCUUCCAGUGGGCCCUCAGCGGCAUCCUCAUCGUGGUCACCCUGGGCCUCUCCAGCCUCUACCUGGUCCUCUUCACCUCCUCCUGGCAGCUGCUCUUCUUCCUGCUGGGCUGGCUUCUGUACGACUGGAAGACCCCUCGGAGAGGAGGCCGCACCGUCCCCUGGGUGCGACGCUGGUGCCUGUGGAGGCGGUACUGCGAAUACUUUCCGCUCAAGAUGGUGAAGACCCAUGACCUUCCCCCGGACCGGAACUACCUCUUGAUCUCACACCCGCACGGGUUAAUGGCCCACAGCGCUUUCGGCCUCUUCGGCACCGAGGGCGGCGACUUCUCCCGGACCUUCCCCGGCCUCAAGCCCCGGCUGCUCACACUCAACAUCUUCUUCUGGAUCCCGGUGCUGAGAGAUUAUCUCAUGUCUGUGGGCAUCUGCUCCGUCUGCGAGGACUCCAUCGACUACCUGCUGAGCCGAGGGAAGGGGACGAUGGUGGUGGUGGUGGUGGGCGGCCUGGCCGAGUGUCACUACAGUUUGCCCGGAUGUAGCACCCUCGUGCUCCGCAACCGUAGGGGCUUCGUGCGCAAGGCGCUGCAGCACGGGGUGGCCCUGGUGCCCUGCUACUCGUUCGGGGAGAACGAUCUGUACGGUCAGCGCUGCCUGCGGGCCGGCAGCUGGGAGCGCCGCCUCCAGGACCGGCUCCGCGCCCUGGGCCACGUCUACCCCUGCGCCUUCUACGGCAGCGGGCUCAGCCCCGGCUCCCGCGGCCUCCUGCCCUUCCACAGGACCGUCACCGCCGUAGUCGGGGCUCCGCUGCCGCUCCCCAGGAUCCAGGCCCCCAGCGAGGAGACGGUGGCCCAUUACCACGGCCUCUACGUGGCCGCCCUUCGCAGGCUCUUCGACCAGCACAAGGCGGACUACGGACUGCCGGACACCCAGGAGCUGACCGUGGUCUGAGGGCUCCAGCUCGCCCCGGCUGGGACCGCCCCCGAGGCCAGGGGGACGCGGCCGAGCAAGCGGCCCCCUCCCCCCCCUCCGCUCCUCCCCCCGCCUCUUCCACUCAGGGGGGUCCCGAGCCCCGGGGGGCUGGGGGAAGGGGGCGGCGGCUCCUGCAAGGAGGAGGAGCUCCCCAUCCUUGGACCCACAAGCCUUGGAAGCAGCGAAGAGCUGUCCGGGCCGCGGGUCCUGGUCGGUCUGCUCGGCCCGACCUCUGUCCGUCUGUCUGCCCGCUGGCAGGGCUAGGUCCCAGGGGCGGUGGGCCAGCUCCAGGGGCUGUGGGCUAGCUCCAGGGGCUGUGGGCUAGCUCCCAGGGGCGGUGGGUUAGCUCCCGGAGCUGUGGGCUAGCUCCCGGGGCUGUGGGCUACUCCAGGGACGGUGGACCAGCUCCAGGGGCUGUGGGCUAGCUCCAGGGGCUGUGGGCUAGCUCCCAGAGGCGGUGGGCUAGCUCCCAGGGGCGGUGGGCUAGCUCCCGGAGCUGUGGGCUAACUCCCGGGGCUGUGGGCUACUCCCGGGGCGAUGGGCUAGCUCCCGGAGCUGUGGGCUCCUCCAGGAGCGAUGAGCUAGCUCCCGGAGCUGUGGGCUAGCUCCAGGGGCGGUGGGCUAGCUCCCCGAGGAGGUGGGCUAGCCCCAGGGGCGGUGGGCAGGCCUCGAGGGCGAAGCCAUCGUGUUCACCUCUUCUCCCCCAAGGGGAUCGCGGUGCGGGGGUGAGAAGGGGACCAGAGACAAGGAAUUUAAGCAGUCACCCACCAGUCGCCCACCUUAGCCUAAAGCAGGAGCCAGGGGAGGGGGACGGGGAGAGGAUGUGGCGAGGUAACGGUCUGUGGGCUCCUCUAGGAGAGGAGCUAAAUGAUAGCAAUCCUGGUGUUCGUUAAGCACUUACCACGUGCUAAACCCUGUGCUGAGAGCUGAGUCUCCCCCUCCUAGACUGUGAGCUCGUUGUGGACAGGGACUGUCUUU